AUGGCUAACCAACUCAAAUGCAGGACUGUUUUCUCUCUCGUAAUCAUCAACAAGGCCGGCGGUCUGAUAUAUAACAAGUCCUUCCACGAGGGCGGCCUCAACAAAAUCAGCACCAAUGACUACCUCGUACUAGCAGGCACUUUUCAUGGAGUCCAUGCCAUCACUGCGCGCCUGAACCCCAUCAAGCCAGUGGCACAGCCUCCUGCUCCUGGCUCAAUCGAAAUGCCGAGCCGUCCAGAGCCUUCAUCCGGGUUGGAAGUCAUGGAAACAGAAAACUUCCGCUUGCAGUGCUUCAACACCUUGACGGGCACCAAAUUCCUGCUCUUCACUGAAACUACACAAACCAACGUGGACGUCACUAUAAAGAGGAUAUACGACCUGUAUGCCGAUUAUGUCAUGAAGAACCCCUUUUACUCUUUGGAAAUGCCUGUACGGUGCGACAUUUUCGACCGAAAACUACUGUCAUACAUUAGAGAAAUUAAUAACCGAUAA